AGGAGAAGACUGUGGGAGGUGGAGUGGACUUGCAGCUUGUUAGGGGGCUGUCGGCUGGUAAAGCCAGCAACCCACUCCUUCAUAUUCCUUAGGUGCAUCUUAGAGAGCCUAGAAAACAGCAGAGGGGAGAAAGCUGCAACUCAGCCCUCCUUGAAGAACCACCUGAAUCAUUGAAGUCAGGAGAUUGCAAAUACUGGAAGAUUAACUGGUGCAACACUGAACAAGGGAAGGAACCGCAAACUAUACUUUGACCAUUGAUUUUCUAUCAAUGACUUCUAUUUAAGAGGGAAAAAGGGAUUACUGUAUUGCUGCCCUCUUUACACCAACACUGAUAAACUAUAGAACUCAAGAAGCAUGGCUGUGCAUAAGAGGCAGGUGUGUGUGGUUAGUUCAAUGACGUUAGCACUGGGACUGGUCUUCUUCAGUUCAGCCACAUUGGCAGAGGAGUACGACUAUUAUAGCUGGCAGUCCGACAACUUCCACAACGGGCGCUUUUAUGCUAAGCAACCACAGUGCGUGGACAUCCCGGCCGAGCUUCGUCUCUGCUACACUGUUGGCUACAAGAAGAUGCGACUUCCCAACCUGCUGGACCACGAGACCAUGCCUGAGGUGAUGCAGCAGGCGGGCAGCUGGGUACCCCUCGUGGCCAAGCGCUGCCACGCUGACACACAGGUGUUCCUUUGCUCAUUGUUUGCUCCGGUGUGUCUGGACCGGCCCAUUUAUCCAUGCCGCUCUCUCUGUGAGGCCGUCAGGAACAGCUGUGCUCCUGUCAUGGAGACCUAUGGCUUUCCAUGGCCAGAGAUGCUCCAGUGUGAAAAGUUCCCCAUUGAUAAUGAUCUCUGCAUCCCUAUGCAGUUCUCUGGGAAUCAUGCCACUCAAACUCCAGCUUCAAAAGCAUGUCCACCCUGUGACAAUGAGCUGAAAGCCGACACAAUAAUGGAGCACUUCUGUGCCAGUGACUUCGCACUCAAAAUGAAGAUCAAAGAAGUGAAGAAGGAGAAAGGUGACCGCAAACUUAUCGCUGCUCAGAAGAAGAAGAAGGUUCUCAAGAUGGGGAUCUUGCGCAAAAAAGACAUGAAGAAGCUGACGCUGUACAUCAAGAAUGGUGCAAACUGCCCGUGUUCCCAGCUCGACAACCUUGGGAGUAGCUUCCUCAUCAUGGGCCGUAAAGUGGACCAGCAGCUACUGCUUAUGUCUAUUCACAAGUGGGAGAAAAAGAGCAAGGAACUCAAGUAUGCCCUCAAAUACAUGAAGUCUCAGCAGUGUCCAGCAUACCACAGUGUCUUCCAGUGACUGACUGUAUAACUCAACUCUGCUCUCUCAAAGCUUUCCAAAUCCCCUGCGCAAUUACCGCAUACAUUUUAUUCAGCAGUUGCCUUUGGGAUGCAUUCAUUGCUAACGGAUUGAUACUUCAGCAGUCUUCAUUUUUAUAUAUAUAUAUAAAUGUAUUCAUUUACUUUAGGUAGAGCAGAGGAUAAAAUAUCAUUCCAAAGAACAAUUUAAAUAAACUGACAUUUUUUUAUAUGGUUACCGAUCCCACAUCAGAAGCGAUAAGAAAGCUGUAGAAGCCAAUUUGAUCUGAUCAUGUUAAUGCCAGAGUAAGUAAAAGAACAAUCUAUAAGUAAACAUUAGCUUAAAAAGACAAAUAGCUUUUCUGUUAAACUAUUAUUUUGUAGAUAUGGAUUAAAAAUAUAAUGGUGCACCAUAAAUCAUGUAGAUAAGAUUAUGGUUAUGAAAAUGCUUAAAAAUAUAGGGCCAGAUCAAACAUGGUUCAUAUCGAGAAUGAAGACUUGAUUGCAGUUAUUUGUGAUUGUUGGUCAGUGGGAUUAUAAGUGGCACCUGCAUCACUUCCCAUUUCUGAGAGAGUGUCUCAUACCAGCCAGUUGAAUGGCAGACUCUGGACUGAAUCUCUGUUGAGAUCUCUGAUGCCUUUUUUAUACUUAGUUCUUUUAAAUAUUCAUUUUUACUGAAAAUAUUAUGACUUACAUUUCUAAGGAAUAAAAAGAAGGAAACUUCUGGCAGGCAUAUUGUUCAAAUUCAUUCACUGUUGCUAAAAUAAAAGAUAAAAAUACUUA